GGACUCAGGGCGCAGCAAGCUCCGUGGUUUGACCCGGGCGCGAGCGUCAUCACGAGGGCCGGCAAGAAAAGCCACGUGAACCAGUGGCGCCUGGAAGCAGCCGGGUCGGCGGAGGUAGCGCAGUGCUUCCUGGCGGCAAACUGCCGUUCAGGGGGGUGCGAGAGCAUCGCCCGCAGUCUGCACGACCCAGAAAGAAAGAGGAUCAUCACGAUUUGCGGUGGAUGUCACAUGCACGUCGGCGAAGAUCAUGUUCCCCCGCCCCCCGCCGGCGAGAUGCGCAUGCGUGACUUCGCGGCGGGCCCGGUUUGGUGCGCCCCGAGGGGUGAUGGGCCCGCGAUCGCGCAUGAGCGCUGCGAUGGUGUUCCCCCGCCAGGCCCUGCCAGCGAGGAGGCGUUCUCCAGAGUGCUCGGUUUCAGCGCGGGCGAGUUCGCGCACCCGGUGCACACCAUCCCUCGCGCGGGUCAGUUGGCGCACGUCGGCCACAUCUGCAACUUUCGCCGGAAGGUCAGCAAGUUCCUCAAGAAUCUGCCGGUCAUGCCUGCGGACAUGCCUGUGGUGCACGUUCGCCCCCGUGCGCUAGGCUCUGCCGGCGCCGAGGAAAAGUCGGCGGGCCGGGCCUUAUUCAAAGUCGACAUCUCCAAACUCAAGGCGUGGGCCGGCGACGACGUGGAGGUGGGCGCGACGCGCGAGGCCGACAGCGACGCCUCCCAUGUCCCUCCGGUCACUCCGACAUAUUUCGCCAGGUGGGUGGAGCACGGCCGGACUGAAGCCGUCGCCUGUGACUUCGGGUAUGCGAUCGGGAACCGACUGCGGGAAGUCAUCUCGGACGGGGACUGUGAUGACGAGGGCCCAGGUCCCGCCGGCGCCGCAGGCUCUCGCGCGCGGGCGGAG